AUGUCAAGUCAUAAUCCCGACCGUUCGAUUAAUCCCAAUGGAUCAGAAACAAAUGAGGGGACCACAGUGGUAGCUACAAGCACAUUGGGGUCCCUAAAUAGUUCUCGGCUGACCUCGAAAGAAAAGGAAUUGGGUGCUUCCACAAGUGUUACAGCUGAUCUAUCUGUCAACAAUUCAAAGACCACAUUAUCAUCGAGAUCCCAAGAUUCAAGUAAUGGAAUACUGGUAAACGCAGAUAUGACCACUCCUAAUUCCAGCAUCUCCGCUAAUCUUCGACCUUCAGCUACAAAGGAACACCCCACUGAUAACCUCGAAACCAAAGACAAUUACGACAGUCCCGGUGAAGGUGAAAAUGACCAGAAGAGGUAUUACUGCUCAACUUGCAAUAAAGGAUUUACGAGAAAACAUAAUAUGGUUUCCCAUGAAUUAAUCCAUUCUCAAGUCAAACCUCAUAUUUGUUCUGUUUGCAGCCUAACAUUUCGUCGGAUCCAUGAUUUAAAACGUCAUGAAAAGCUUCACACAGGGACAAAGCCUUUCAAAUGUCAAUAUUGUCCUCGAAGUUUUGCCCGGCCUGAUUCCUUAGUCAGACACCAAAAUUCUCCCAGUGCUUGCCCCAAAGCAAAGCCCUCACCUGUUGGCAUAUCUGUUCCAAAUACAGAAUUGGGAAGGAAUAGUGUGGUUGCUCAAAGCUUUGGAAAUCCCCAUCGCCCAAGACCGGAACUACCUUCAUUAAGGAGUUUGUCAAGUCAGUAUCCGUAUAAAUUGAGACGUCCACAACCCCAAAUGACUUACCUGCGGCCUGAUGUCUUCAGAAAUUCAUUAUCAUACCAGCGUGUUCCUGAACAGCAUACAGAGACGGUUACACGCGAAGAUGGGUUUGGUGGGUUCACCACUACAACAAUUACUACCACUCGUCACAGGGAGAAUAAUGCGCUCACAGAGAGUAUGCCAAGUUCAGAAAGUGAACGGCUACCUAGGCAAACUGAUGACUCACAACUUGGAAAUCAGGCACUUAAUCAAUCUAACAUCGGCAAUAUACCUCUUUAUUCUUCAGAGAAGGAUCAGGAUCAGGAUCAUGAUCAAAAGAAAGUUAAAAGUCAGAAAGGAGUCAAUAAAAACGAAUCCUCACAAAUCCUUCAUGGGGCUUUGUUGAAUUCACAAGACAAGGCUAAUAUUGAUCAUGCUAUGAGUUUUUCGAGGGCAAACCCGGAUUUACCUCAAAUUAAUGAUCAAUUAUCAGCUGGAUCAUCAAAUUCUGACGAUCCUAAUCCAUAUCCUAGACCUCGUCAAGAAGAGGAGCAAUCAUUUGGUCCCAAAGCUGAUCAAGACCAGGCCAAGAAGCUUACACCUGCUAAUUUGAAUAUCGCUAGUCAAUAUCCCGGAAGACCUGAAGACACAGAACAGGCUUACCAAGGUAAUCGCAGACUUUACUACAACCAGCUGCGUGAUCCUUCCGUGUAUCAGUAUCCAAAUGAAGAAUAUAUCAGUCUUUCUCGAUAUCAAGAUUUGGUUGCUUACACCCAAUCAUUGGAAGAGAAUAUGAAUAAAAUUAACAGUCGAAUUCAAAUUUUGGAAGAUGAGAAUGCUGACUCUAAGAUUGAACGGGAAAGGGCUAAACACGCUCAUGAUUCAACUUCCAGGCACAGGAAACGUCAUAAAAAAGAUAUGUCUGCGAAUAUAGGAGCACAGCAGGAGAGGCCGAAGUGA